AUGAAUAAAAAAUUUACUUUUACAAUAUUUGAACUUUCAUGGUAUCAGAGUCAGGUUCAUCCCAAAUCUUUGUUCACCGAUGUUGGGCCCCUAUAUUAUAUUGCUCACACGUCAGUUAACGAGGUUUGGGCGCGCAAGAAGAACUACCUGGAAUGGGCACAGUCCGUAAGGCUUGCAAUUGAUGGUCGCAGAAAGUUGAGACAUCUGAUCGGAGAGACGAAAAAACCGGAAGUCGGAGACCUAAAGAUGAACACCUGGAGAUCAGAGAAUUUACUCUUGAUUGUCUGGUUAAUAAAUUCCAUGGAACCAUUCGUAGUAUCUGAACUUUCAAGAGAUACGAAAUGGGGAGUUCAUAAAUUUCCAUCAAGAAGAAAGAUGCAGAUAUUCAUCAGGAGCUUAAGCACAAAAACCAGCUGGAUACAGCAGGCCAAUAUAAAGGACCUCGCACUAAAAUACUGGUUUAGAGGCAUGAGCUCCAGAUCAGCAGUAGAUUCCAGUAUUAGCAGUCAGAGUUGGAAGUAAGUCUUCACAUUUUGAGGACACGAUGAUUUCAUUACUAUUUCAGUUUUAAGUUUAUUUCAGUAGUUGGAGUUAGUUGGAGACAUGUCCCAUCAACUCCUUGUUCAAACAGUUUAGUGGC